UGGUUAAAUAUAAGAGACCCAGAUGGUCAAGAAGUAAUAACUGCAGCAGAGCAGUCUCUUGGGACUAUGUGUAAUAACUGCAGCAGAGCAGUCUCUUGGGACUAUGUGUAAUAAACUGCAAACCAAAGGAGAAUCCAAGUGAAAGCAAAACUACCACGAUGAACUCACAAACUGAUAAGCUGGUGAGGAGGACAACUAUGGUGGCCACCGCUACUGCUGCCUAUUUCCUCUUGACUGCUGAUUAUGGCUCUGAGCCCAAUGCUCUCGACCCUGUUAAGAGGGCGAUACAGUCUGCUGAAAGUUCUGUGAAAGACUUCAUCUUUGGAGCAAAGAGGCAACCUGAAAAAGAAAUUGAAAAGUUGGCCCCAAACAGUGCUAAGGAACAUCCUUAGUUUAAUAGGCAGUUAACAAUGUAUAGAAAGAUAAUCGUUUUGGGAAUGAUUCUACUGUUCUUGUAAGUUGUAUGCGGUGAUAUAUUUGGACUCUGUGUUCCUUUUGCAGAAGAUAUUUCAUGUUUUGUCUCA